GACUACGGGUAGGCCAUGCUGGGCCAUAGGACUCCUGUCACCCCUUUCAUAAUGCUUACCCCAGACUUGUAAUUAGUGACCAGCACUUCCUUUCUCUGCGCUUAGGGGGAGCUGGGACAACUGCAGUCUCUGGAGAAGUUGGGGCCCACGAAUGGGGAAAGCAACAUGCAACUGCCCCAGGGAUAAGACUCUUCUCCGUUAACCAUUACCCCACUGGUUCCAAGGCAGUGUCUUCAAGGAGGCGGGACAUGGAGGGAUAAGUGGGAGGGUCAGCUGCUUUCGAUGGACCUUGUCCCUUCCCUGAGCACUGAGUCGUUGAUCCAACUAUGGAGUCUGCUGCAGCAGAUCUCCAGGACACAGCCUCAUUAACUCUGAAGUUUGAGUUUAACCCGAAGCUGGGAAUUGAUAAUCCUGUCCUGUCCCUGGCCGAAGACCAUGACCCCUCCGAUAUCAGGAGCCUGGAGCGGCCUCGCUUCUGUCUGCUGAGCAAAGAGGAGGGCAGGAGUUUUGGCUUCCACCUGCAGCAGGAGCUGGGUCGCGCAAGGCAUGUGGUGUGCAGGGUGGAGCCAGGCACCUCUGCCCAGCGCCAGGGUCUUCGGGAAGGAGAUCGGAUCCUGGGUGUGAACAACCAUGUCGUGGAACAUGAAGACUCUGAGGUGGUGAUACGCCGCAUCCAAGCCAGUGGUCCUCGGGUGUUGCUGACAGUUUGGGCACAGCAUGUGCUUGAUGUGGCCCGAGCUCUGCAGGGGAAUGAUGCCCUCCUCUGUCCUAUUCUGGGCCCAGAGGUCCGGCCCCGGCUGUGCCACAUAGUGAAAGAUGAGGGUGGCUUUGGCUUUACUGUCACCCAUGAACAUCGGGGUUCUUUCUGGUUGGUGCUGAGUACUGGAGGAGCGGCUGAGCGGGCAGGGGUGCCCCCUGGGGCCCGACUGUUAGAAGUGAAUGGUGUCAGUGUGGAGAAGUUCACUCAUAACCAACUCAGCAAGAAGCUUUGGCAGAGUGGAGAGCAGGUGACCCUGCUGGUGGCAGGCCCAGAGGUGGAGGAAAAGUGUCGCCAGCUUGGAAUGCCUCUGGCUGCACCCCUGGCAGAGGGCUGGGCACUGCCCACCAAGCCCCGCUGUCUGCACCUAGAGAAAGGGCCCCAGGGCUUCGGGUUCGUGCUCCGGGAGGAGAAGGGCCUUGAUGGUCGCCUCGGGCAGUUCCUGUGGGAAGUGGACCCAGGACUGCCAGCUGAAAGGGCUGGGAUGCAGGCCGGGGACCGGCUGGUGGCUGUGGCUGGGGACAGUGUGGAGGGGCUGAGCCAUGAGGAGACAGUUUCCAGGAUCCGGGCACAGGGCUCCUGUGUCUCCCUCACUGUCGUCGACCCUGAGGCUGACCGCUUCUUCAGCAUGGUCCGCUUGUCCCCGCUCCUCUUCCUGGAGAGCACAGAGGUUUGUGGCUCUCCUCAGGACACCUGCUCAGCCUCUCUGGUUGAGAUCAAGCACCCACCAGUUGAAGAUCCAGCCAUGCCUCCUGUCCCAGUUGGCUCCCGCCAGUGCUUCCUGUACCCUGGGCCUGGCGGUGGCUAUGGUUUCCGACUCAGCUGUGCGGCCAGUGGGCCUCGUCUCUUCAUCUCCCAGGUGACCCUAGGAGGCUCGGCUGCCCAGGCAGGGCUGCAAAGGGGAGACGUGAUUCUGGAGGUGAAUGGGUAUCCUGUGGGUGGAGAGAUUGACCUGGAAAGGCUUAAGCAGCUGGCUGAGGCUGAGCCACCCCUUUGCCUGAAGCUGGCAACUAGGUCUCCGCAGGGCUUGGAAGCCUGGAUUCCUUCAGGAUCUGGAAAGGUGAGGAAGAAGAGACAGAAGGACUAUGAGCAGCCAGAGGAGUACAGAGGGGAACCAGAGAGCUGGACAAAGCAGGAGGGCUGCAAGGUGGAGCAGGGUGGGGCACUCACUCAGAUUGGGACUUUAGGUCAUGGUAGGUGAGGACAGAAGGACCCAUGGAACAAGUCCCACUCCUGGGCAUUCCAGUUUAGGUGGAGGCAGGGAAAAGGAACUCUUCUGGUUCUUGAAUGACCUUCUCCCUCUCUCUCUGCUUAGGACUGGGCUCUAGCCUCAGAUCUGCUGUAGCACGCCCCUCCUUUGCACCGACCUACCCAUUGGCUUUCCUGUCUUCACUCUCCAGCCUGUGGUGGUAGGAACUGAGCUGCUCUCUGUAAGCCAGAAAUUGGUCCUCUAGGACUCUGGACAAUCACAAGAUUGCCCAGGUCUUCCUUCUUUCCCAUGGACCCUCCUCCUAGAAGAGGGUGUGGUCAGAGGCCUCAUGUGGGCCUACUAGGAAGCCUAUCCUCUGACUCCAGAAGAUGCCUCCUGGGAGCUUUUGGAGUUGUGCCCCAACGAUGAAGUUCUGUCUGAGAUGAGUGGUGUGAUUUUGUGAUUUAUAAUAAGAAAUAUAUAUUUGGCCUUCUGGCACAGAGCUCCUGAAACCCUUGGAAUUUCCUAAGUAAUAAGAGCAAUAAAGGGGUCUUUUGUUAUUCGUAAAAAGCUCCUUUCAACCAUACCUAAUUUUGUUAAUGACUUUCAGAGUGACUUUUGGAAACACCUAAGGAUUCUGGGCUGAUUGCCAGGGGCUCCAACCAUGUGAUUAGAGAGUUGGAACUUACAACCCUACCCCACCCCUACCCCACCCCUGUCCUCCUGGGUGGCGAGAGGAGCUGGAGGUUGAAUUAAUCACCAACCAAUUGUGCUUAUGUAAUGAAGCCUCCAUAAAAACCCCAAAGACUUUUUUGCAAUGGGUUUGCCACCAGAAUACAGGUGUAGUGAAAACCACCGCUGAAUCUAACCCAAAAUGGGAAAGGAAAAGACACACAUCAAUGGCGUUGUCGUUGGACACAGAGAUUCCGGCGAGUCAACCACUACUGGUCGUCGGAUCUACAGACAUGGUGGGAUCGACUAAAGAACCAUCGAAACAUUCGAGAAGGAGCCGCCUGGGUCUGGGGUAAACUGAGAGCUGGACGCGAGCGUGGGUUCACCACUGAUACCUCCCUGUGGGAAUCCGAGACCAGCAAGUAGUAUGUGACCAUCACUGACGCCCCAGGACACAGGGACUUUAUCAAAAACAUGACUGUGCUGUCCUGAUUGUUGCUGCUGGCGUUGGUGAAGUUGAAGCAGGUCUCUCCAAGAAUGGGCAGACCCGUGAGCAUGCCCUUCCGGCUUACACACUGGGUGUGA